AGGACCACCUCAGCUGCGGCACGCUAUUGGGUGCGCCACAGUAGGGCUUUCAACGCUCUCAGCCAGCGCACCUCCUCAUCCUCACUGGCAUUGAGGUCAGAGCAGAGGAAGGCGAGAGAUUCAGUGUGUGUGAGCUUUUACCUGGAAAUGUAUGCGUUUUUGCUACAUAGUUUGUGACUUUAUAUUUUCCAUUGAGGUAACAUCGUUUUAGCCUAGUCGGACUGAUCAUAGACCACAUUGCGCAUUGUGCUGUGGAGAUGGUGAGUGUUCCGGACGCAGUUGUUCUUCAAGAUGGGGAGACUGUAGUCGAGGAGCCAAUGGGACCUGAGGACUGCAGCGAGAUGGCGAUGGAAGCUCGGUGUCGGGCUGGAGAUGAGAAGGCUGACCGGUGGCGGUCUCUGGGAAUCAUAUGGAGAAACGUUAUCCUCAUGGCCCUUCUGCACAUCGGGGCGGUGUAUUCCAUCCUUGUUAUCCCCAGAGCGAAGCCCCUUACCUGGGUCUGGUCCUAUGUGUGUUUCAUCGUGACAGCCCUGGGGGUGACAGCAGGGGCCCAUCGGCUGUGGAGCCACCGCUCCUACAGGGCCAAGCUUCCUCUCAGAGUCUUCCUCGCAGCCGCCAACUCCAUGGCCUUCCAGAAUGACAUCUAUGAGUGGGCGAGAGACCACCGUGUGCACCACAAGUUCUCAGAGACAGAUGCAGACCCCCACAAUGCAACACGAGGCUUUUUCUUCGCUCACAUUGGCUGGCUGUUUGUGCAUAAACACCGCGAUGUCAUCGAGAAGGGAAGAAAGCUGGACGUCACUGAUCUCCUGGCUGACCCCGUCGUCCAGUUCCAGAGAAGGUAUUAUAAGACCUCAGUCCUGAUCAUGUGCUUCCUGGUUCCCACUGUGGUUCCCUGGUACUUUUGGGGUGAGACACUGUGGAACUCCUACUUCCUGGCAUCCAUCUUGCGUUACACGGUCUCGCUCAACGUCACCUGGCUGGUGAACAGCGCCGCCCACAUGUACGGGAACCGGCCGUACGACCAGAACAUCAGCCCCCGCGAGAACCGCUGGGUCACCUUCGGAGCCAUCGGUGAGGGUUUCCACAACUUCCACCACACUUUCCCCUUUGACUACUCGACCAGUGAGUUCGGCCUGCGCUUCAACCCCACCACCUGUUUUAUCGACCUCAUGUGCUGGAUGGGCCUAGCCAGCAACCGCAAGAAAGCCUCCGUGGAAACAAUACAGUCCAGGAAACUAAGGACAGGGGAUGGGAGCUACGGAGCGGUCAACAGCACACAAGAUAAAGAAGCAUGAGUGGUGGUUCUCACUGAACCAAGUCGUGGUUGAGAAGUCCACGGUGAGACGUCAAUAUAUUCUUCGACCGCCACUGCAUUAUGAUUUCUCAUCAUGUUUCGUCUGCUAUAUUUUGUACUUUGUUCUUUUGGAUCCCUGAAUUCUACAUUAUGUUCUGACACAAAGGUGUCGUUUUUGACUCACUGGUUAGUUAAUCCAAGGUUUAGUCUGGAAACCAAGACAACCAGACACCUUUUCAAAUCACAAAAAUGGAGAAGGGUUUCUAGUGCAGGGUGACUGGUGGGGAGGCAUUAUAAAAGAUGACUCCUGCAUUCAGGAUACACAUGCUGUUUAUUGUCAACGUUUUGGUUGUCGUGUCUUCAAAAAGGUCACGACCGAAACGUGGACGGUAAAUGUCAGUCACAUGCAGAGGUAAUGGUGUAUGGGAGUUAACUUUAUAUGUUUCGACAUGUUUACCAGAACGUGACGUAAGGGAGAGAGGAAAGGUCCCUGGUGUGUUCCCUCUAGCGUGGAAACUCACGUCACCUGUACCAAGUCCCCACCCCCCUUCCAUCCUUCAUCACAUCGAGAUGUCAUUAGGCGGUGUGAAAUAGGGCCGCUGGUUGCGGGGAACAUUUAUUUUAUUCCCUUGCCUUACCAUCAAUCAGAAUGUAUCGCCUGUGAUGUAUAACUUGUCUGUUUCCCUCCACGUUCAGCUUGUCUGCGAGACACAGACAUGCGGAAUAAAGCAAUGUCUAAGUAGACGUCUGAGAAGCAGAUAGAUGACUGAGGAGGUCAGAUAGAUGACUGAGGAGGUCAGAUAGAUGACUGAGGAGGUCAGAUAGAUGACUGAGGAGRUCAGAUAGAUGACUGAGGAGGUCAGAUAGAUGACUGAGGAGGUCAGAUAGAUGACUGAGGAGGUCAGAUAGAUGACUGAGGAGGUCAGAUAGAUGACUGAGGAGGUCAGAUAGAUGACUGAGGAGGUCAGAUAGAUGACUGAGGAGGUCAGAUAGAUGACUGAGGAGGUCAGAUAGAUGACUGAGGAGGUCAGAUAGAUGACUGAGGAGGUCAGAUAGAUGACUGAGGAGUCAGACUGAGUGGAUGAGUAUUACUGGUCUCUGACUGAUUCAGUCUUUAAUGAUCAUAGAUUCUCUGAAAGCAUAGAGGUGAACUAACGGACCGUGGAAGAAGUGGCGGGUAGAUAUUCAAUAUAUCAGUCAAAGCAAGGCCGUACUGCAGCUUCCAUGGCGACGAAUUAGUCGUUUAAAAACGCUCGCAGGAACAUUUCAGCGUUAUCUACUCACUAUGCUGAAAGUUCAGUCUCCACAUUUACACGACACCACUACUCUCAGGUAUAAAACAGAAGUCGUUCGGUCACGAUGUACUUCGUAGUGGGAGCGAUUCAGAUUUGAAUUCAAUACAAGACAGAACACGAGAAAAAGACGUGAGGUACGAGAGCAUGUACCGAACUUUGAUCUAUCCCUUUGAUGAAUUGAUUCCACUCUAUUAUUAUGUGUAAUGAGAGAUAACAUUACCAUAGGACUUUUAUUACUACUCUACUGUACUAUAUAGUAUUGUUGAGAGAUAAGCUCGUCUGUUAUAUGCCUGUGUUUUCCUCCCCCAGUGGUGGAAUGACUGUAUUUGUUUGUAUUCUAUACCUGUCUUGUGUGGGUUUUAUACUGUGUCGAUAUCAAUAGCCUAUAUAUUAUUGAUUUGGUUGUUUAGUUCUUAUUGGACACACACAUACAGUUGUGUUUUGCUAACCUUGUGGGGACACACAAUUGAUUC